AUUUUUAAGGAGAACAAGCGAAAUAAGACAGAGAGAAUUUCUGCAUUCAAGUGUUGUGCAUUGACUGGUUCACACGCGUGGUUUUUAGCAGUCACACAAAGUAGAAAUAUUAAGAUAUUAAAUAAAUAAACAUACAAAAAUGUGUUCCUAUUCAGAACAAGACUACAAACUCGCUCUAGAAGAAAGCUUUAAUUUCUCUAGUUUCAAAAGUGAGGAACAAAAGAUAGCCACUGAGUGCAUUGCUAGUGAAAAAUACAAAAAUAUAAUAAUAUCGAUGGCUACUCAGUCUGGAAAAUCUCUUUGCUAUCAACUGCCUAGAACAGCACUUCAAAGAUCCGGUGUAGUUCUUGUUAUAUCUCCCAACAUCUCACUGAUCACGAAUCAAGUUGCAUAUCUAUCAGACUUAAGAAUUCCAGUCACUUCAUUGACGGGUAUUACACCGCGCUUAGUUCGUCGAGAUUUAAUUGAUCGGCUUGAAGAUUCAAAAGCAAAUCCUUACCAAUUUCUUUAUUUAACUCCAGAAAUGUUAAUUAAAGGAAGUGAAAGUAUUCGCUUUUUGAUUGAGACAAUGAUGGCUGACGGUGAUAUUUCCUUAAUUGUGAUGGACGAUGCUCAUAUGAUAAUUGAUACUGGAAUUGACUUUAGACAUUGCUUUUCUGAAAUGCGUACCAUUAGAAAAAUGUUUCCGGAUAUUCCGUGGGUGGCACUGACAACUGCAUCUCUUGAAUCAAUUAAAAUGAUUGGAAAAGCUUUAAAUAUGGAAGAUCCAAAAAUUAUUAAAGGUCCAAGCACCAGGAAAAAUAUAUUUUAUGAUGUGAGGAAAAUCCCAGUAAAUUCAAGCAUAAAAGAGUUGAUCGAAGAUUUGAUUGAGUCUGAUAAGAAGCAAGAAAAGCAUGUCACAAAGAAAAUUUAUGAUUCAGGCAUUAUUUACUGCCAAAUGAAUCAAGAAGCUGAUCGUAUAGCUGAAGAACUGUGUGAAUCUGGAAUCUCAAGCGAGUCGUUUUAUGGAACUAAAAAUGAAUGCAAUUUGAUUUUAAAGAAUUGGAAGGACGGAAAGUUUCCUGUUUUGGUAGCAACAGAACAAUCUUUUGGUUUAGGAAUUAAUAGAAAUCCAUUAAAGUAUGUCGUUCAUAUGACAUCACCUAAAAAUAUGCGAGCUUUUUAUCAGCAAUCAGGCCGUAUCGACACAUUUCCUGGAUUUUCAAGGUUAGUCUACCAGGCAAAUGGACUUGUCAGCAAAGAAAUCAUAGAUUAUGCAACUCAUAAUGGAUGUCGUCAUCAAUACAUAGCGAAUUACUUUGGUGAUGAAGCAAUUGAGCCUUGCAAAGACAACUGUGACAAUUGUUUAAAAUCAGAAAGAAUAAAUAGGAAAAGGAAAUCUUCUGAAAAUUAGAAUUGUCAGAAACUAGAAGAUUAAGUCCUUAAUUUUGAAAAAUUAAGCUAUAGAGUUUUUUUAAUUAAAUAUAAAUUAGUCUAAGUCUAAUCUACUUCUGCUCUCAAUUUAAGCAUUAAAUUUUUCAAAUUUUUACUUUUAAAUUUAAAUACAUACUUUAUAUUUGAUAAUGAGUGAUUCAAUGUUGUG